CUCCCUCUUAUUUCAUGAUAAGACAUAUAAUGUGGAGACACUGCACAUGCUCAAUUUGGUGUGUAUUGCUAGAGAAGUUUUUUUUUUUUUUUCUUGGGAGAGUGCAUGUGAUUAUCACAGGGCCAAUCAGCACUGCCCAGACAGAGGUCAGGGGUUCUGCAUCCUCCUAGAGAAAACUCCUCCUACAAGCUUUAACCAGUGCUCUGCUGAACUGAUAGAAGUCUAAUUGUUGAUAAGAAAAGGUAUUUAGCAUUCUAUAUUUAUUAAAAUAAUUGCAUUUCCAUGUUGUGUGUACUGUGGGAGACCAGAUAUAGAGAAUGUAGGGUCCUGG